CCCAGAUUCGGACGCAAAGGAAGCCGUCUCCAAAGAGGCGGUUGCUUUCCCCUUCUGCCCAGCUUUGCAAGGUGCUGUUCAUGCAAGAGCUGUAAUUGCAGAUUUCAUUAUUUCUUUGUGUUGUUAUGCAGUUUCCCCAUUUUGGGUGGAAGAUGGGAUGGCUCAGGAACGCCUCGGGGGAAACUGAGAUCCUGAAGAAGAAUGAAGACAGCAAUCUCUGGUGAGAAAUAGAUCACUCUCUGUGGAGUUUGCAAGGAGUGUGCUCUCCUUCUAUGGAGAAGUCCUGUUUAUCUGGAUCAUCCCUUUCCAAGAAAUUGAGACAGAUGAAAAGCCAGACAAUGUCUGAGAGCUCACAGUGGUUGAAAGGAUGCCUACAACCAGAGACAGAAGACCCUGAAUGGGACGAGGCCUCUGACAGUAGUUCAGUUGUCUUUAUCGAGGAGAAGGGAGACGUUGGAUGUGUGACUGAUUUCAUGGAUGUCAGACAUAUCUCUGGCAUGAUGGAGGCUGAAGUAGAGAAAAGAUCCUUGGUGGAAGAAACAGAGGUUUUUCUUUAUCCAGAGAGUGGUCAGCCAAGGGUUGAGCUUUCAUCAGAAGGAUCCGAGGAAAUCACUUACCAAAGAAAACAUUGCAACAAAGCUGAAAUGAUAUGUCCGGAGGCAGCUUGGCUAAACCAAGAUUCUGAAGAGAAGGAACCUGGAGACUUUGACUAUGAUGGUGGGUCGCCGCUUGGAGUUGAUUCUGAGAUGACUCUUGAUCCAGAAGGAUCCAGUGGAGACGAAUUGGAAGAGGUCUCAUAUUGGGGAGGAGCUGGUAUGGAUGAAGCAGACAUUGGGGGAGAUUCUGAGUUAGUUGUUUAUCAGAAUGGUUCUCCUCUAAGGGCAAUAUCUAGUGGGGAUGAAUCAGAAGAAAUCCACUCCCAUCCGGGUGAUUUUUCCAGGAAUGGAUCCAAUAAGAAAGCAAUGAGUACGUGGGCUGUCCCUGUACAGGAACUAGUAGCUGAGCGACGACCACCCAAGCCACGCCAUAUCUGCAGUGAGUGUGGACGUAGCUUGGCCAGCCACUCGGCCCUUGUCCGCCAUUGUCUUAUCCACACUGGUGAACUUCCUUACGAAUGCCCAGAGUGUGGGCGCCGCUUCCGACAGUCCUCCGCCCUUGUCCGCCAUAUUAGGGCUCAUCGGGGUGAGCGUCCAUACGUUUGUGGUGAAUGUGGGAAAGCGUUUGGGGUCAGAUCAGCUCUGGUUCGCCAUCAGCGAGCACUGCACACAAGUGAGAGGCCCUAUGUCUGUGCUGAGUGUGGGAAGGCUUACGCGGACCUAUCCAUCUUGACAAAACACCAGUUGAUUCACAUAAAUGGGCGUCCCUUUUCUUGUCCCGAAUGCGGCCAAUCAUUUGGGCAUCGCACCACCUUGACCCAGCACCGACGCAUCCACACAGAGGAGCGACCGUAUCGUUGUAUGGAAUGUGGGCAGACUUUUCGGCAAAACUCAGCCCUAGCCAACCACCGCCAAGUCCAUUCCGGCAAACGUCCCUUUUCUUGUCAGUAUUGUGGCAAAGCCUUUGCAGGCAGACCUACUCUAGUCCAACAUUUGCGCACCCACACGGGGGAAAAGCCAUACACUUGCCAGGAGUGUGGCCGCCAGUUCAGCACCAGCUCCAACCUCCUGCAGCAUCGGAGAAACCACCUGGGUGAACGUCCUUUUGCCUGCUCCUUGUGUGGCCGGCAGUUUGCUCGACGGCCAGACUUGGCUCGGCACUAUGUCACACAUGCUGAAGGGAGCAUCAGGCCUCAUCGGUGUGGGGACUGUGGGCGGCGCUUUAUGGAGCUGGUGGACUUGGAGCAACAUCAAGCCACCCAUCGUGGAGAGCGUCCCUAUGUCUGCAGCUACUGUGGGAAAUCCUUUACAGAGGCUGCAACUCUGGCCCGCCACCGACGGUCACACCUUUCCGCUGCUGAACAGACCUACAAAUGUGACGAUUGUGGGCUGACCUUUGGGCAGAGUUCUGACCUCUUGGCCCAUGGACGGAUACAUAGCGGGGAGAGGCCUUUCGCUUGUGCGGACUGCGGCAAAGCCUUUGGCCGAAGCUCGAAUCUGUCUCGCCACCGGCGGAUGCACACCCACGAGCGCCCCUAUGUUUGUGGAGACUGUGGGAAGAGCUACACCCAAAGCACCCACCUCAUGGAGCACCAGAGGCAGCACACGGGUGAACGGCCCUAUGAAUGUGGGAACUGUGGACGCUCCUUUGGUAAGAAGGGGCACCUGGACUCCCACCAGCGUGUUCACCGCCUGUUGCCAGGAUCUCCAGAGAGGAAUGAUGAGUCCCUUGUGGAAUGUGAUGAUUCUGGCAGUCCACAGGAUGUUUAAAAGCAUUUAAGGUGGCAUGAGUUUUGGGUUGGGAAGUGAGUUAAGGGUUUAGGGAAGACUUAGCCCUAAAACUCUUCUAAAUGCCGCAGUUCUGCUCGUCUCUAGGAUAGAGUUUCUUUCCAUGAGAGACUACACAGAGCUUCACUGUUGUUCACAUGUCUUGACAACUGAGAAGAAGGUAUUCCUGGAAAGAUGAUUAUUUGUGAAUUCCUGUAACAAUAGAAAUGUUCUUGACUGGCUAUCGGUGCUUCUAAACUGCAGUGUGAAACAUAGACUUUCUAACAGCUGGAUAGGUUUUUGGGCACAAGAGAAAACCCAAGAUAUGUGCUAAAUUCCCAGUACAGUCUCUCUCUCAUGCCAUUCCUGCAAAGUUGGGAUUCAAACAUAGCUCAUGGUAGAUCUUACAAGUGACCCUAACCAUUAGAUUCCACUUCCAAAAUGGGGAAACUCUCUCUUAGACUUUGCCCCUUUGCUUCUAUUCUGAUUCCUUCAGAUCCAAAUGAAAUUGAAAAAGCAGUAGUCCAAGUCUUCCAUCAUGUAAAUGUUUUGUCCCCUGUCUCCCAUCUCAAAAAGGUUGGGUCUCAGUAGCUAAAACUCAAGUGCUGGCCUGCAAGGUUGAGCCAGGUCUCUCCAGAGAAAGCAGCAUUAUUAUUGGGCCUGUCUCAAGAACCCCUCCUCUACCUCACCACCCUUUGAGCUGCUAGGUUUUGCUUUAAUUCUGCAGAUUUGUUGCUUUAAUUGUGCUAAUAAGAGAAAAGAAUAUCCUUGUUAUAUACUGAAUAUGAGUGUGAUGUUUGGUUUCUCUGUCUGUGUAAAAGUGUGAUUUUUAAGUUUCUAUUCAAACAGAUAGUGAAAAUACAUAGGAAAAGAACACUUCCUUGGGAUUGUGUUUUUAAACAUAUACAUAAAAGAGGCUUCCAGUCCAAGAAUUUCUAGGGAAGGGGAUGUAGGUAAGCACGAGGAGAGACAGCUUAUGUCGAUUUUUGCAUUGGAAUAGCCUUAUCCACUAUAUCUAAGGAACAGGUUAGUUUAGGGGACACAGGACAAAUGACAUGGCACACAUAAAUUUGGACUUUCAACAGCGAGAAAGGCUGUAUUCAGGAGAAGGAGGUGGUAGGUUGCCACCACAACCAGGCCCAGUAUCUUCCAUCUGGAGCAAUUGCUUCACCAUGCCUAAUACUGAUUGAGUUUCCCUUAUCCAAAAGAAUUGGACCCUGAAAUGUUUUGGAAUUUGGAUUUUCCACGAUUUUGGAAUAUCUGUAUUUACUGCUUUGAGUCUUGGAAGCUGCUUUAGAUCUCAAUUAAGAGGGGAAAGCAGGAUGAUAAUGAUGAUAAUAAUAAUAAUAAUAAUAAUAAUAAUAAUAAUAAUAAUAAUUAAAAGAUCAAACUGCAAAGACUCUGGCACAAGCCAGUAAAGGUGGUCCCAGUGGUGAUUGGCACACUGGGUGCAGUACCUAAAGGCCUUGGCCUGCACUUAAACACAAUCGCCACCGACAAAAUUACCAUCUGUCAGCUGCAAAAGGCCACCCUGUUCAGAUCUGCACACAUUAUUCACCGAUACAUCACACAGUCCUUGGGAAGUGUCCAACAUGUGAUCAAAUACAAAAGCCAGCAUGGUGAUCUUGUUUGCUGUCUACUAAUCUUGUUAUGUAUCAAAUAAUAAUAAGACACAGAUACUAUCUCAAUAGACAAGAGUUCUUUUUCCCACCCUGGACUUUCCGCAGAUAUAUAAACCAAUUUUCCUAGUUUCCAACAGACCUCACAACCUCUGAGGAUGCCUGCCUAGCUGCAGAUAAAAUGUCAGGAGAGAAUGCUUCUAGAACAUGGCCAUACAGCCCAAAAAACCUACAACAAUCCAAUGAUGAUGAUGAUGAUGAUGAUAAUGUACAUAGUGAGAUAUCUUAGAGAUAGGAUCUAAGCCUAAAGAUGGAAGUUCAUCUUUUAUAGACACUUUAUACACAUCUGAAGGAAAUUAUAUGCACAACAUUUGGAAUAAUUUUGUGCAUGACACUAGGUCUGUGUACAUUACACCAUCGGAAAGCAAAGAUGUCACUAUCUCUGCCACAAUUUGGUUUUGGGAUAUUUUUGAUUUUGGAAGUUUGGAUAGAUGAUGCUCAACCUGUAAUAGGGCUGGCCUGGGUUGCAAUACAUCACAUCCAGAUGCUGAACUGCAAAUAUUCUUCACCAUUGGCUAUGCUGUUAGGGUGGAUGGGAGUUGCAGUCCAAUAACAUCUGCAAGACUUUGGUCUUCCCUACUUCAAGGUGUUAUAUACCUCUAGGUCUGAGGCAUGAUGUGUCAAACUUGGUUUAAUAAAGAGAAUGACAUACGAUGGAAGUAAUAUUCCCCCCUCUGGUGUUGUAUAUUACAUUAUCAGCCAUGUACCUGAUGUGCUCAGUAUUCUACUGUUGUAGUGAUAAUAUAUCAUUUUGGAAAUAAGUUACAUUUUGAGUGUGAGGAACCAUUUAUUUUAAGCAUUUAAUAAACUCAAUAGCAGCAUUGGUUGCACAUUUGUUGUUGUGUGUCCAAGGAAUUUCUGACUCUUGGUGAACCUAUCAUGGGGUAAUGUUGGCAAGAUUUGCUUACCUUUCCCUCUCUUCGAGGCUGAGAGAGUGUGACUUAUUCAAUGCCAUUAAUCUAGUUUCCAUUUUUGGGUACAGAUUUGAACCCUGGCCUCUAGAGUCAUUGUUCAAUGCUCAAACCACUAUAUUACUACUUUUUUUGUUGUUUGCAUAGAUCUACCUGGACAUGCAACACUUGGAAAAGUCUUUUGAGCAAGUUGCAGAAUCCUCUUGCCAGAAAAGUGCUGUUCCAAAAAUUGUAGCUUUUUUAAAGCUCUGGUUUCAUGAUAAUAAAGUACAUUGCAUAUUGUAGAAUUAACGUAGCUUGACACCACUUUAAUUGUCGUGGCUUUGUGCUAUAGAACCAUGGGAGUUGAUUACUGCAACGCGCUCUACGUGGGGUUGCCUUUGAAGACAGUCUGGAAGCUUCAAUUAGUCCAACGAACGGCAGCCAGAUUGCUAACAGGAGCGGGUCUCAGGGAGCAUACAACCCCCCUGUUGCGUCAGCUCCACUGGCUGCUGGUUUGCUACCGGGCCCAAUUCAAAGUGCUGGCCUUGCCCUAUAAAGCCCUAAACGGUUCUGGCCCAACUUACCUGUCCGAACGUAUCUCCCCUUAUGAACCAUCAAGGACCUUGAGAUCGUCCGGGGAGGCACUGCUCUCGGACCCGCCUUCAUCACAGGUACGUCUGGCAGGGACGAGAGACAGGGCCUUCUCAGUGGUGGCCCGUCAUCUAUGAAACGCCUUCCCUAGAGAAAUUAGAUCUGCUCCCUUCCUCUUAACGUUUCGGAAGCAAGAUAAAACAUGGCUAUUUGAGCAAGCGUUCACAAAUAGAGUAACGGAUAUAGAUAACUGAUAUAGGAAAUCUGACAAUUUGACAACGGAAUUGGACAAUGCUUGACAAUAAGGAGACGCUAAUUAUGUUGUUUUUAUUGCUUGUUGUGUUUUAUGUUGCUUUAAUGUCUAAUUUGUACUAUGAUAUUAUGUAUACUGUUUUGUUGGAAACCGCCUUGAGUCGCCGAUAGGCUGAGAAAGGCGGUAUACAAAUACAGUAAAUAAAUAAAUAAAAUAAAUUUUGCAAGGUCUUUAGGCGUCUCUGCCAAAGAGUGCUGGUGCCUCACCAAACUACCAAUCCCAGGAUUCUAUAGCAUUGAGCUAUGGCAGUUAAAGUGAUGUCAAACUGCAUUAAUGCUACAGUGUAGAUGCACCCAUAGGCCACAAUUCAUUAUGAGUUGGAAGCAUGACUUCUCUUCCUUAUAAUUCAAACCAAAUCCAUGCAACACUCUUUUCCAAACAGAUGGGACACGCCUCUUUAAAACGGUUGUUUUCAAAAAUGUUCCCGUAUAAAUAUUUUCUACUUUUUAAAAUAGGUUACCUUGCUGCCAAACUUGAAAUGAAACUUUGAAGCCAUUUGAUUUAAAGUUCUCCAGUUUAAAAUAAAUGAUGCUGCUAUAUGUUACAGUGAUGUUUUCCUGCUUUAGAAGUGGAAUAAAAUUUCUUGUUUCCAAAGAUAUAAUACUGAUUAGCAAAGGUAAGGGAUGGUACACGUGGAAGAUGCAUGAGAAGGCCAAACGUUUUGUUGAUGCAGAGGAUCCUGAUUAUUUUAGUGUGUUUUAAUCUUAGGGCUACGUCUUUUAAUAUAUGUGUUUUAAUGAUCUUAUGUUUUUAAUCUGUGUAUUUUAACAGUGUUGUAUUCUGGCUCGAGUCUUGAAGAGAAGCGAGCAAUAAAUAAAAUGUAUUCUUCAUAAUA